AUGUCAAAAGUUCUUUUCCGGUUUCGUUCACCAACUAGGAGAUAUUGAACAAUGGGCCGCUACUCCCGUGAAUCAGACAACGUCACCAAGUCGUGCAAGGCGCGCGGACCCAAUCUACGUGUGCAUUUCAAGAAUACACAUGAGACUGCUCAGGCCAUCAAGCGCAUGCCCCUGCGCCGUGCCCAGCGCUUCCUGAAGGCUGUGAUCGACCAGAAGGAGUGUGUGCCCUUCCGUCGUUUCAAUGGCGGCGUUGGACGUUGCGCCCAGGCCAAGCAGUGGAAGACCACACAGGGUCGCUGGCCCAAGAAGUCUGCGGAAUUCCUGCUGCAGUUGCUGCGCAACGCUGAGGCCAAUGCUGACUGCAAGGGACUCGAUGCCGAUCGCAUGGUCGUCCACCACAUCCAGGUGAACCGCGCCCAGUGCCUGCGUCGCCGCACAUACCGUGCCCACGGUCGCAUUAAUCCCUACAUGUCAUCGCCGUGCCACGUCGAGGUCAUUCUCACCGAGAAGGAGGAGGUCGUCUCAAAGGCCACCGACGAUGAGCCCGCGAAGAAGAAGCUCUCCAAGAAGAAGCUGCAGCGCCAGAAGGAGAAGAUGUUGCGUUCUGAAUAAAAUGUGUUCUGGGCCAGCCGCCCAAGCCGGUGUCAACAAUUGAAAGAAUUCAUCUUUUUUUUUUAUUAAUAUUAUAACUUAAUGAAAGUUAAA